GUCUGCUGUAGUUUGCGUACGGUUUGUGGACGCCAUUGACCGUUGUCCCGUGUUUAUCUCGGUUUUGAGUGCAGUGAAACAAAUAAUAUCGUCGACGGGAUACAAAUGUGCGUGGUGUAAGUGUUUUGAUAUACUUCAAUUUCACUUUCAAUUGUGAAUUCUAUCUUUUGGUGCCCAACACUCAGAGGUUCUAUUCUAAAAAAAUAACCUCGUCUGCUAGUGGGGUGUUGUUUUAGUGUUUUCGAAAAUACAACAAAGCCGACACAGGAGGAUACGUUACUUCGAAAUGCCCGUCAGAAAGCAAGAGGCUCAUCGCGCGCUGGAGCUAUUAGAAGACUACCACUCCAAGCUUAUCAAGCCCCAGGAUAAGCAGCUACGUCUGGCCAUCGAGAGGGUCAUCCGCAUCUUCAAAUCUCGUCUCUUCCAAGCUUUACUAGAUAUUCAAGAGUUUUAUGAACUGACCCUCCUCGAUGACACUAAGUCAAUACAGCAAAAGACUGCCGAAACCAUCCGAAUAGCCAAUAAAUGGGAAGCCAGCGACGGCCCGAUAGCCUACACCAACAAUGACGAUAAAAUGUACCGACUGCCAGAGGGUGCGUUUCUAGAGCUACUUAGACCGGGUACCGAAGUGGCCCUUACUUGUGGAGAGGUGGGGCCAGAUCUGAGGGGGUCCAUGCUGCCUCUGACACAAGCCCUGUUGAGUCUGCAGGACCACAGACCUGUUAGCCCUGAAGAGCUACAACUAGCCCUAACCAACGUACAGAGCAGCGACAGUUGGCAAGGGCACGAUACAGAUCAGGCGCAUACGCCGUUAUUAGGAUCUGGAGACAAUAAACACCAGGUGAAUGGAGAGGCUGAGUGGGAGUACGAGGAGAUCACGUUGGAGAGAGGAGGCGCAGGGCUGGGGUUCAGCAUUGCCGGCGGCACCGACAACCCCCACAUCGGCGACGACACCGCCAUCUACAUCACCAAGCUGAUCCCCGGCGGGGCGGCCGCAGCCGACGGUCGUCUCAGAGUUAACGAUGUCAUCUUACAAGUCAACCAGGUGUCGGUGGUGGAUGUACCACACGCCUCAGCCGUCGACGCGCUCAAACGUGCCGGCAACACUGUUACUUUGUAUGUGAGGAGAAAAAGACUGGCGGUGGUGGCUGGCAGCAUGCGGGUGCUUGAGAUAGAGCUGCUGAAGGGCAGCAAGGGCCUGGGCUUCAGCAUCGCAGGCGGCAUCGGCAACCAACACAUCCCUGGGGACAACGGCAUCUACGUCACCAAGAUCAUGGACGGCGGCGCGGCGCAGAUAGACGGACGGCUGGCGGUCGGCGACAAGCUCAUCGGCGUCAGAAACACCAUGCAUGGUGACAAGAACCUAGAGAAUGUGACACAUGAGGAGGCAGUUGCCACACUGAAGGCUACACAUGAGAGAGUGGUACUGGUGGUGGGCAAACUGGACCAAGUCUACCUGCCUCCCCCACCCCUCUCAGUCAGUCCUCAGCCUUCUGUCCAAAACUCUAUCCACGCCUCGACCACACAACUGCAGCCCCCCACUCCCAGAGCAGUCAGUGUCGAAGAUGUAUCAAAUAGGGAUGUGAGAACAAUAGUGCUGAACAAAGGCAACACUGGGCUGGGGUUUAACAUAGUCGGCGGGGAGGAUGGUGAGGGUAUCUUCGUGUCCUUCAUCUUGGCUGGAGGCCCAGCGGACCUGAGCGGGGAACUGCGGCGGGGAGACCAGAUACUGAGUGUCAACGGAGUCAACCUCCGCAGUGCGACGCACGAGGAAGCCGCUCAGGCUCUCAAGGGCGCUGGCCAGACAGUGACAAUAGUAGCGCAGUACAGGCCGGAGGACUACAACAGGUUCGAGGCCAAGAUCCAUGACCUGAAGCAGCAGAUGUCGCAAGGGCAGAUCUCCUCAUCAACGGGAACUUUGCUGCGCACCUCACAGAAACGCUCUCUAUAUGUCAGAGCCCUAUUCGACUACGACCCGUUGAAAGACGACGGACUGCCUUCACGAGGACUGGCGUUUCACUUUGGUGAUAUCCUACACGUGACAAACGCAAGUGACGACGAGUGGUGGCAGGCGCGACGAGUGUUGAGCGACGGUGCCACAGAGGGUCUUGGCAUAGUGCCAUCCAAACGGAGGUGGGAGCGCAAGCAGCGGGCCAGGGACAGAACAGUCAAGUUCCAGGGCCACAUGCCAGUCAUGCUGGACAAGCAAUCGACAUUAGAUAGGAAAAAGAAAAACUUCUCCUUCAGCCGCAAAUUCCCGUUUAUGAAGAGUAAAGACGACAAAUCUGAAGAUGGUUCUGACCAAGAACCUUCCCCCAACACCCCGACCAAUGAAGGAGAUUCAACGUCACUGCCCUUCAUGCUAUGUUACACCCAAGACGAUCCGAGCUCUGAAGGUAUUAGCUUAAGCAGCAUUAGCUUUAUAGAAAUACUUAUUGGUACGGAAGAGCAAGUGUUGUCCUAUGAGCCAGUGUCACAACUACAGAUAGAAUACACUCGGCCGGUCAUCAUCCUCGGACCUCUCAAAGACAGGAUCAAUGAUGAUCUCAUCUCCGAGUUCCCCGAUCAGUUUGGGUCUUGUGUACCUCACACGACCAGACCCAAGCGAGAGUACGAGGUAGAUGGCAGAGAUUAUCACUUUGUAGCCUCAAGGGAACAGAUGGAGAAGGACAUCCAGAACCAUCUGUUUAUAGAGGCAGGGCAGUACAACGAUAACUUGUACGGAACUUCCGUGGCUUCUGUUAGGGAAGUUGCAGAGAAGGGUAAACACUGUAUCCUGGACGUAAGCGGAAACGCUAUCAAGAGGCUUCAGGUUGCCCAACUGUAUCCCAUCGCGGUGUUUAUCAAACCCAAGUCUGUGGAGUCCAUUAUGGAAAUGAACAAAAGAAUGACAGAAGAGCAAGCGAAGAAGACAUUUGAACGUGCCAUGAAGAUGGAACAGGAGUUUGGAGAGUAUUUUACAGCCAUCGUGCAAGGAGACACUCCUGAAGAGAUCUACCAGAAGGUGAAGGAAGUGAUCCAUGACCAGUCCGGGCCAACAAUCUGGGUCCCGUCCAAAGACCCGCUCUAACCACCCUCCGUCUCCCCGGCGUAAACAAAUAUUAGAUUUUAUUUAUAUUGUAUUGUUGCCUUCAACUUGUAUUCAUUGUGGCAUAGUUUUUCUUCCUCUCCACAUUAGCUGAAUCAGUGAUUCAUUUCUACCAGCCGAUUAAAUGCUCAAUAAGUAGCGGUUAGGUUUAGAUUCCACACAUUUAGCAGUGUGUGAGAUUUUUUUUAGAGGUAAACUAUCCUUUGAAUCUUAUUGCUUUCCUCGGGAAUGUUGUGUUGUAAACAUUUUACAUUUUACAGGGCAAAUUUGUGUACAAAGUUCGAAAUGUUAGCGUAUUUCAUGGUGUUGGAUGUUGAGUUGACCUCACACCAAAUGGGAGUGAUUAACCUAAUAAAAAAAAUUAUCAAUGUUAUAUUUUUUCUCAAGUAAAAUAGUACAUUAACUUUUGUAGACACUUCAUUUAAUCUUAUUUCUUUUGACAUGUGGCUUUGUAUUAGCAGCAGAUAUUCAUUAUGAAUUCCGCCUUUAAAACUAAUUUUUAAAGAAAAUCUUUAUUAUAAGUUUUUUUUUAUUUGCAUCAAGAUAAAAAUGUAUACAUUAAUAACCUACAAUCGUAAAUACUUAGGCAAUACAAUGGCUGCUAGUAGACAUUUUUGGUAUUAAAUCCUUUUCAAAGUAUUUAUUUUGUAUGUUUUUGCAAAUUACAAUCUUUGAAAAUAUAAAUAAUUGAACAAAAUAAAUUAUUUUUGGCAAAUAGUAUUUUUAUAUUAGUUAAAACUAGGCUGGCAAUAAAAAUUGCUAGUUUGUUCUGAAUGGUGUGCACACCUAAAACUUAAUUUAUUUUUAAGAAAAACUGUGCCACAGUAUUUUGUUAUUAUGUUGACAAAUCAUUGUACAGACUGAUCAAAAUCAAUGUAUUAGUCUUUGUAAGUAAGUUGUUACUUUACGCUCGUCCCAGUUAUUGUUAAAGUUAGCUCAGUGCUGGAGUGUGCAGGGUACUUUGGUGCUGGAAUUUUUAAGCUUCAGCCCUAUUUGUGCAUACUCGGUUUCAUUGUACAUAUAUUUUGAGUGUAUAGUUGUUAAUAAUAUAAUUUUAUUUUAGUAAAUAAAUAAAAGCGUAUAUUUCCCUCGGAUUUGUAAUAGGUGAAUAUCGAUUAAAAGCUUUAUAUUGUAGGCUGAGGUAGACCGUAAAGUUUUUUAAUAAAAUAUUUUUCACAGUAAAAAGUUAUUUGUACCAUUCAGUUGGUCGGAUAGUUUUCAUCUAUCGGUUCUUUGUGUUUAACGGAACUGGAGUUGUGUAUACGGUUGUACUCGACAUGUUUCACAUGGUAGCAGAGUCUAUUUAUGUUUUAUAUAAAGAUUUUAUGAAAAGUGCAAUUAUUUGUUUAAUCUACAUAGAACGUUGUUUGUUUGUACCAUAUAAAGCUACAAACGUGUAACUGAAAUUCAAAGCGCAUACAAAAUUACACUAGUUAAGUUGACUUUUUUUCUUAAUUAGAUAAAAAUAUAGAUUUGAAAGAGUAACGUACUGUAUUUAACUAUUUAAGUAAAAUGUCUAAUUAUUGUUUUGGAUUUAAUGAAACAAAUUAUUUUGUGUACAGCUAAGUCAAACCAUCACAUGAAUUUAUUAUUUUUUUAUAAUUAUUUGAAUUUACAAGGUUAAACAUAGUUUUAGAUCAAAUUAGUUUAGUUGUAGUACUAUCGAUAGCUGGAAAAUUAUUGAAAAUUGUAACCGAAUUUAAGGCAGGUAUGAUUUUAUGGAUUUGUUUACCCUCUCGUCAGUUUUUUGUGCACAGUACUCGUUGUGUCAUUGAGAAGAGAAUUGGCCACCCUAAGAUGCUUCCAUGACUACUCAUAAUCCGCAACAUAGGACAGUGGACUCGUGGUGAUACAUGUGAUUGUUUUCUACAACAUGGCUGAAUCAUGUAUAGUAACGCUCUUUAUAAAUAAUCGUACUCGUACUUGACAACAAAUAAGUAUAGAGAAUUUGUUUUUCAUUGUAGAUUGUAUAGGCAUUGCUACAUUGUUGCCUCAGUCCCAGAGCGGACAGAGACUUUGUACUUAGCGAUUAUUGUUAUACCCUGCCAUUCGUUAUAACCUAUUCCACGAGUUUUGUGUACAAUAUUGAUUAAAGUACAGAGUUUUGUUUGUUUUGUAAAAACAUUAGGUACAAAAAUCGGUAGUGUUUUGUGGAACAUUCUCACCUACCUGUUUUCAUCAAUUGAUUCUAUUACAUCUUACUGUGUGACUUAUAUA